UGCCUAUUUGCUUUGUGUUGCACUUCAUUGCAAUGAAUGCGUGCAUCCCAGUGGGGCUCUGACAGUUGAGAUCUGGCAAAUCUUGCUGCAAAGGCGAAAUAUAUUAUCACGCUGCCUUUCUGUCAGGUGAGAGUGAUCCAACAGAAGAGCUGACAGAAGAUCUAUGCCUGUGUCUCUGUGCCUGUAACUCAUUUUGGUGUACUACUUUAAGCCACUGAAGAAAAGGUUAUGCCAAGAUAGCGCUGCUGUCAUCCAGCAGAUCUGGAUCAACUGUGGUGCUGGUAUCUGCCCUGUUCUGCAAACUCUUCUUUGGGGAUCGUGGCUGGGCUGGAGUGAACUGCUGAGUGGCAAUAACUUGAAUAGCUGUAGUGCCCAAGUUAGAGCCUUGCACAAAUAGUUCCUGCACUGUUCAGUCCUUGUGUCUCCUCUAACGUGCUGGUGUGGUGAGUGUCAUUCACCUGGGGGGAGAUGCGAGUACCAAGGGGAACGCUGAACACAACCUUUAAAGUUGUUAUUAAUGUCUCCUUCAGGCCUGAAAUUCCUCUUGCUAGUCUUCCGUUCUGUUAAAUGCUUCGCAAACCAGAGCAAAGGAAGAGACAUGAAGAGUUGAAUUUCACUGCCUUGUUUGGAACUGGGUGGAAAUCCUAGAGAUGGAUCUCUUAGGAGACUGUCUUCCAAUUGGGUUAGAUGCACAGGAGCAAUGGAUCACCCCAGCUACCUGGAAGAGGACUAUUCUAGCCUGGAUGGGCUGGACGAUGACGUGUUUCACUCUGAUGACUUUGGACUUGCAGGUCAGCCUGGUGAGAUGACUGCAACUGGCAUUUUCACACAGAACCAGUCCUACAGCUGCCUUCUGGGGAGGUUUCAACUAUUUCCCCUCACACACUGCUGUGGUCCCGGUAGCAGGCAUCCUGAGCAGCAGGACAAGGCAACUCAAACACUCAGCCAGUCCUCUUCCAGUCAGGAUGUUAUGUUGCCUUGUGGAGUCACUGAAGAGCCCCGGAGACUCUUCUAUGGGAAUGCUGGUUACCGUUUACACGUUCCUUCAGUUGGCUUUGCAUUGGAUCCACAUCUCCAAGAGGAGCCGCAGGAAGGUCAGCGGGAAGCACGUGCUGAGGUGCAGAUUGCACGGAAGUUGCAGUGCAUUGCAGACCAGUUCCACCGGCUCCACGUGCAGAGGCAUCAGCAGAACAGAAAUCAAGUGUGGUGGCAGCUUUUUCUCUUUCUACACAACUUGGCCUUAAAUGUGGAGGCGAACAGGAACCACACUGGGCAGAGGUGAGCUUCGCCCACCUGUUUCAGGCCACAUCUAGUCUGCAGGGAGCACUGAACAAACACUGGUUCGGGGGAGAGACAUACACACCGCCGGCCGGAUGUGAGGACUCUGUGAAAUUCUUAUACUCGCCUUCAAGUAUGGGGUUUUUAUGGACUCUUCUUUGCUGCUUGCUGCCUCAUGAGGCAGGGAGCUCUUGUCCAACACUGUUGAAGGAAAGUUAGAAUGUGGAUGUGUUUGGUAACGCUUGCUGCUGGUUCCCCGCGCCGGUAACCUCUGUGCAAGAGAGGCAGGUAUUAGACAACAGCUUCCUCUGCUGUUUGUUAGUCAAUAAUAGAGUGCAGGAGUUUGUCAUUUUGGCUGCUAGUUAGAAAGGAUGUCUGGGAUUGAUGACUCUAAACGUACUUUGGGUAUCUUCCAGAGCAGAGAUGCUUGAUUCCUCCAUGAAGAAAGUUCUUUUUAGCAACAAUAAUAUUCAAGCAGCUUAUAUCCAGCAGGUUGCUUGUUUUCUGCAUGGGUUACUGCUUAUUUUCGUGGAUCUUUUGUGAGAGAGAAUCACAAAGAAAUUUGAUCUUUUAAAUCUUUCCACUGAGCACCAGUUGCAGAUCCCUCACAUGAGGUGGUUCUUUCUCCUUGCCCCAAAUAGACAAAAUUGUUUCUAUAAGAACAUUCUUCAAAACCCUGCUUGGCGUUACUGGUGGCUAUUCAGUGUCUGCAAAUGUUUGCUUCCAGUUGAGCAAUUGCUGUGCCUGUAAGCCAGCAUGGAGCUGAAAACUGUGCAGUAAGACGCAAGCAUCAUUCUCCUACAAUGCUAAUGUAUAUGUUUUUAUUAGUUUUAUGAUGGGUGUUUAUUUUGUUUUGUUUUUCUUUUCUAUUACUAUCACGUGGUUAGUGAGGAAGGCUUAGGUGCCAGGCAUCUGAUAAUUUGCUCCAGGAUUUGACAGAGAAAUUAAUUAGCAACUAGUUUGACAUGUACACUGUACUAGCAGUCUGUCCAUUACUCUACUAAAGUGGUAUUUGGAGGCUGCUGUAAGCAUAUAUUGACUAGCAGCAGUAAUACUACUUCACGGGAGAUAUCCUAAGAGUUCCUGGUUUUUAUCUGCUCAGAAGUUUGUUUAUAUGACUGACACUAUUAGACCAGCACAGAGGAAUUACCUACCAAGUGAAGUACUUCUGUGUAGCCUUAAAUAUUGUUAAUUGACAAACCCAGUGACAACUUGGAUAAAAUAUUACCAGUAAAGCAACACAUCUUUUAUAUUCUUCAGAGAGUUUGCGUAUUUCCACUGCAACUUGUUGUAAAUCUCAAAUUAUAAAACUAGCUUAAGAAAGAUCUGUCCAGAGAACUACUGUUCAGUACUGUUACAAAUGUCAACUUCAGGUGUUGAGGAAUUCUUCUGCUCUUAGUCCACUCUUAAAAAUAAGCAUUACUAUAUGGGAAGAGUAGUUUACUUGCACAUGUGCUUUCUUCUCCAUCCCUCUCUUCAUGUCCUUCUCUAAUUAAUUCUUUUUCUUUUUUUUUUUUUUUGUAUAAUCUCAUCAUUGCACUGUAGUGUCUGGUAACAAUCUGCUGAACACAGUUAUACUUGGACUUUCUCCCUCUUUCACAGCCCCAUUCUCUUGACUUCCAUCCUGCUUUACUGUGGCAAAAUGCGCUUUAGCUCCCUGAAACAGGUCCCAAAGCUUUUUUUAAUUUGCAUAUAUUCACAACCACCAUCUUUCACCAUAAUGAGGGUUUAUGUGAGAAAAUCUUUUUUUCCCCUCUUACGUUAUUUUUCUAGCUAGAGCUAGGGUGAUACAUUUGUGCAGGAUGACUGAGAAUUCAUAUAAAUGAAUCUCAAGUUAUAUUUUAGGGGUCAGGUUUUAGGGGGGCAGGGCUUUUUAGAGGGAGAGGGAAGAAUUUUUUUUUUGUAUUGUUUCUUUAAGCCUGUGCACUACAGAGUUACCCAGAGGGAUGCAAGUGGUACCUGUUCCUGACUUUGCUGCAGCAGUAUAGGAAGCCACUCUCUGCCCAUGUUUACAGAGAUCAGGCUUUCCAAACCUUGCUUUGCGUGGUCUACUUGGAGUAAAUGCUGGUCACUGGAGAACAGGGAUUUAAAGAGGGGAGAAGCCUGAGGGGUAGUGCAAGCAAAGAUUGUAGUGGGGUUUCCCCUUGGAAGCUGGAUGUUAAAAAGAUGACUCUUAAAAUGGAGGACAUUUGGCUAACACGAAAGCUGUUAAUGAGGCAGGAGUGGACCUGCUGAGGCUCAGGUAGCAGUGUAGCAAUGCUGUCUGCCAGCACAGCAUCCUCUGGAACAUGAUGCUUGCAUUUUCCUUCUCGUUGGCAGGGUCCUUUCAUCAGGUGCAGUCAUAGACCAGCAGAUCAAAGCUGCAUCAUAACAGCCCUGCAAAGUAAGAAAGAUUCAGCAAGUGCAUCUGACGCUUAAAAACCAUUGUGAGCUUUCCCCUUUCCCUCCCACUUGACUCGAUUGGCAAACAGGCCAGUUAAAUCCAAAUGCAAAUAAGGCCUGGUGUGUUCUGUAGGUAUGUAAGCUGGAAAGAUAGGUCUGUUUUUGGCACUUGCUGGUGUUGUGACCCUACCAGCUUAUCUAGAGCAAGACUUUUCUCAACAGGGAAAAACAAAUACCUGAAAUUGUUCUGCAGUCAUGUUGGCUACCUGACCAGAAUCAUUUGGUUUAGUGAGAGGCACAUCUUUGCCAGUCCAUAUUUCCCACUGGAACAACAAACUUAUAAAAAUUGCUCAUUCCAGGGUCUCAAGUUAAAAUCUCCCUGAACAAUACUUCAUUGGAGACAUAGAGCUAAUUCUAGACAAAGACCGACUUCCUGCAAUAUGUGUGAUGGUUACUGUUGCCAGAGAUCUACAGCCACUGAUAAUAUAUUUUAAUUUUAUUCCAUAUCUGCAUAUCUUGGAGAAAGGAAAUAUACUCUGUCAACCCAAGAGUCUUAUUCCACUUCAUGUAAGUUUUGAGGAGUAGGUUGGUUAUUCACUUAAGGAAAAAGGAGCUGCUUCAUACAUACAGUCUCGCCUACUUGAGGAAAUAGUGAGUGCCUGUAAAGUUUUUUCCUUCUCACCUGGUCAGAUGUUUCUGUCUUCUCUAGAGGUGGGAAGGUUUCUCGUGUUUAUCAACAUACACAGAUGCACAUCACCCAUCUUUUUGUCACCUAUCCCAUGCUGGUAGGGCCCCUUCAGCAAGCACUGAGGAAAUCUUCCUCUCAGAGUACCUAUUACAGCGUGGCCACAGACAUAAGUAUGAACAUGGUUUAAGUCCUGUAAGGGAAGGAGAAUGCUCAAAUUUUCCAUUAUUUGUUUGUCUUCAUGGAAGGAAUAGGAUACUGUUCCUCUCUGUGGUGUAAAACUCACUACAAUUUAGAGAGAACAGUUGGAUCUUUCUCCCAAAACAAAUUCCUAUUUUUAAUGAGCCGUUCUUAAGAAAAGCUUGAGCUGCUGCUGAUGGCACCGGCAGUGUUGAAGCAUCUUGCUCGCCUUUCCCAGAUCUCCAAAACAGCUUCAGACCUCAGGUCUCUUUCCUUGAGAGAGAGAGUUCUCAGUGGCAGUUCAUUUCUGUAUCGCUUCCCAAUUUCCCGCCCUGUCAAGUAUCUUGUAACCCAGCCCAUCCUUGGAUCCAGUAAGCCUGGUGCUAGUAGGGAAUAGUUAGUUUUACUUUUGUUUCCUGCAGUUCUUGAAAGCUGAGCCAGUAAUCACAAAGUGACUGCCCAGGGAUAGCUGCAAAUUGCCAUGAGUAGGAUACAACAAAGGCAGAGGAGAGAAUGGAUUUGCAUAGAAAGGGUUGCCAUUGGAUCUGUAUAGGGACUGCAGACUUCUCCCAAGGUCUCUGGUAGCACUGAAAUCCUGCAUAACUGAUCACAUAUGUCAGUUGCCAGGAGUUUAUUGGUUUAUAUGAGUUUUGCAUAUUCCACUGCAAUCCACUUUCCUGUAGUAUCAAGUCUGCCUGUCUUUUACAAGUUUAAAUAACUGCUUGGUAUUAAAUAUUUUUUGGCUAAACUCUUAAGAGUUUUAUUAGAAAGAAACUUCCCUAUCAGCCUUUGCUUUGGAGCUAUGUAUCAACAGGGGGAUAGAGGAGAGGAGCCCAGCCCUUUUUUGAUGUAGGAAGGAUGAUUGCAAAGACUUCUUUCUUUCUACUGACUGUCAGCUUUGUCCGUUCGAGCCUGGAUUGAAGUUAUGAGAGAUGUGAGCACAUGAGAGUACUUCAGCCCUCAAGUUGCUCCAUAGUAGUCACUGGAGCUUGGCACUGUUCUGGGAAACUGCAGAUUCCUCCCCUUGGUAGACUAGGAAGAAGCUUCUUCUUCUUGUCCCCCUUGUCCCCCUUGUCCCCCUUGUCCCCCUUGUCCCCCUUGUCCCCCUUGUCCCCCUUGUCCCCCUUGUCCCCCUUGUCCCCCUUGUCCCCCUUGUCCCCCUUGUCCCCCUUGUCCCCCUUGUCCCCCUUUUUUCCCUUUUUUCCCUUUUUUCCCUUUUUUCCCUUUUUUCCCUUUUUUCCCUUUUUUCCCUUUUUUCCCUUUUUUCCCUUUUUUCCCUUUUUUCCCCUUUUUUUUUUUUCUUUUUAAGGAAAAUCACUUGAGGCAAUUGUUGCAAUGUGAGUCUGUCAACUCUGUAAAAUGAAUUCCAUUCUCCCUCUACUGGUCCUGAUCCAUGUCUCCACUGAAGCUAUAGGAAUGGUGAGACUGGGAUGUACUGGAUGGCAUACUAUUGAGGGUAUUUUUAAAGGGAAAAAUAUGGAGCGCUCUUAGCAGAUAUUCUAGGAGCUGUGCAAGAAUGCAGAAAUGUGGAGGUCUUGCCUUGUCUGCUUAGCUGUAUUUACUGGGAGAUUAUAAAUAAAGGGACCAUGGAAUGCCCAUUCAUGUUCAUGGGAGCUCUGCUUACGGACCAAGCACUAUAGAGUAUUAGCAUAGUUUGACAAAAAGGGUUUUCAAUAACGUUGUUCAAAUGAGUCUCUUUCAAACUGGCAUUUGUGGUCGUCAUUUUCAGAAAUGCCUACCUGUUGCUUUUGAUUCUUUUAGAAAGAAGAAAUACCUCAAGGAAUUGAUAAAAGAUCAUAGGACAAUCUUUUACAGUUCCUAAAGACUUCAGUGGUCUCUGUUUCUUUGGUUUGCAUGUGUUCACGCAGGUGGUACACAGCUCAGUUCUUCUCCACAAGGAAAAGCAGAAAAGACCAAACACAUCAAAUGCACUGGAAUGUAAUUGUGUGUGUGCGUGUGUGCGCGUGUGUGUGUGCACGUGUGUGGGUGGGUGGGUGUGUUUUUAAACUGAAUGCAGUCUGACAUCCCUCACCCCUUCUUCUCUCUUCCAUGUGCCUCACCCUCCCCCAUAGCCACAGAAAGGAGGGUCUCUUCCUGUGAAUCCCAUGCUGGAAGUUGGUUUCUGGGAAGUGAAACCUAAUGUCUGUGGACUGUUUUUUAAAGCCAUGUUUCAGUUCUGUCUUCAGACUCUUUGCUGCCUUUGGGGAAUGGAGGGGUGGGAAGGGUAGAUUCUUAAACUGUUUUUAAAAUCCAUUAUGAAAAUGUUGCAUGUAUAAAGUUAUCCUUAAAUCUAAAGGAGUCUCCCUGAUUUGCGGACACAGCUCCAGGAGAGCAUCGUCACAGGUUCCUCAGCUCUAGUUUUGAUCACACUUUUAUGAAAGGAAAAUGGGAUGACAAAAAGGGGGAGAGACUGGUGUGAUGUAAAGAAGACACAGUUGCUGUCUUAAAUAAAUGUCACAAGCUUCUAGUAGGGAACUUUCAAAAGAGCCCAAGGGAUUUGUGUGCCUGUUUCCACUGGGUACAUUUGAAAAUCCUGCCACCAAAUUGGAUAUUGGGUAACUAGACUGUUUCUUUAGUAAAAUUAAUCAUGCAUCUUUUCUUCUCUCUUCUGUGGUAUCAAGGAUGUAGUACAGUUUCCCAUGUUUCUAGGUAAAGUUUACUGAUGGGAAUACUGUGAAAUGUGGAUUCACAUUUUCUGCCUCACCCUCCUGGGAUACUUUUCUACUUUUGUGAGAUAGGUUUUCUGGGGUUUUUUUAUUUGUUUGUUUGUUUUUUUUUUUUUUAACUUUGGAGUCCUUCAUUUGGAAAAGCAAAGGGGUAAGGAGAAGUAGAAUUUGCAGUGUACUUAAUGAACUUUCCAUACCCUCAAUAAAGAUUUUUCCCACAGUAAGUAUAAUAUACCAUCCUGCUGCAGAAGUAAACCCGAUGCUCUCCUGCGAGAUCUCUGUCUGGAUUAGUCCUGAAGUGCACACAUCCUUCUUUGCCAUGGACUGAGACCCAGUGAGAAUGUAGCAUUUUGUUUAUCCUGGUUGUGUGCCUCCAGGACUCCUGCCUGUACCAAUGGUGACUGGGCAGUGCUCCUUUUUUGUAUCUGUACAGUAUAUUUGCUUUGUGCUUUCUUUCUUUGGUGCUUUUUAAUACUUUAAUACUUGGAUUUUUUUUCUAAUAACUGGUACAGUUUUUAAUAAAAUUGUUAAAUUCUU